UCUUGAGUCUUCAUUCAUUCAGUGUAAGGUUGUUUGUGCAGCAGGUGCACUUUACUUUGAAUUUGUUUUUGUUUAUGGAAAUUCAAGGUUAGGUUCUACUUUUUUGAGACAAGUGAAAUUGUUUCCCUAACAUUGUGUUUUGUGACUCUAUACUCGGAAAGUUAUGUUAUGUUGUAGCCAUAUAACGUACGGAGAAAACUUAGGAGGCUUAAUAGGUUUUUAGAACAGUUUUAAAAACAGAUCUACAUAUCAGUUUUAUCUCAAUAACGCUAUUAUGACUGAAAUCAGAUACGCGACAUUCAAAAAACCUAAUUCUAAAUCGGAAAAAUUCUCAGACUUCGUUUUUAAAAAUCCAUUAGUUUAUUUAUCAUUCUUAAUUUUUGUAUCAGUGUUGGUAUUAUUCUUGUCUCCACAUGCAGUAAUCUUGAAAGUUUCAGAUAAUUCUGAAGUUGAAAUUGAUUAUGAGGGAGAAAUCUCUGAUUUUGAAGUGUAUCUUCCCCUUGAUGAUCAAGAGCCUGUAAAGAAGGAUUUAGGUGUACCUGUAAUGUUAGCACAGAUCACAAAUACUAAUGCACAAAAUUCUGCUCAGUGCAGUGGCUUUAAAGAUGGUGAAAAAUUUGACUGUCUACCACAGCAAAGUGUAUCAGAGGAUGGAUGUACUUUGCGAGGAUGUUGUUGGGCACCAGUUAACUCAUCAGACAAGGCAUAUCGUGGCGUACCUUAUUGCUAUUACCCAUCACCCUUUAAAACAUAUAAAUAUCUUAAUGUGUCAGUCACUGAUUUAGGAGCUACUGCAUAUUUACAGAUUUUAAUUAAUUCAACAUAUCCCAAUAAUAUACAGUUAGUCAAGAUUGACUUCAACUACUUGACUGAAAAUGUCUUGCAAGUUAAGAUUUAUGAUGCAGAACAUGCUAGAUUUGAAAGUCCUUUUCCAAAAAUGUCCCCAUCAAACGGAAGUGCAGUGAAAAAUGUCUUGUACACUGUGGACAUUGAUAAGGACAAGCUGGGUUUCAACGUUAUUCGGAAAAGCAACAAUCAGUCCAUUUUCAACACGCAGGAUGUGGGCGGGUUUCUGUUUUCUGACCAACUAUUACAGCUGUCCGCUCGUCUCCCAUCCAGUCAACUAUAUGGUCUCGGACAGCAACGUAACGACUUCCAGCUGGACAUGGGCUGGAGACAGAUCACCUUGUUCAACCGUGAUCAGGCCCCUAUUGACAAGACCAACCUAUACGGCAGUCACCCCUUCUACUUGGCCGUGGAGAGUGAUGGACUCAGCAGUGGAGUUCUAUUGCACAACUCCAACGCUAUGGAUAUAAUCCUGCAACCUGCACCGGCUAUCACGUAUCGAGCCAUCGGAGGGAUUCUGGACUUUUACAUCUUCUUGGGUCCCUCACCAUCAGAUGUUGUUAGACAGUACACCGGGCUGGUGGGGCGCCCCUUCAUGCCCCCAUACUGGAGCUUGGGCUUCCACCUCUGCAGAUUCGGUUACAACAGCUUGAACAAUACUAAGGAGGUUUUGAAUCGAACUAGAGCUGCCGGCAUUCCUCUGGAUACACAGUGGAACGACAUAGAUUACAUGCAACACCGUAAUGACUUCACUUACGACAAAGUGGCGUUCAAAGGCUUGCCCGAGUUCGUCGACUCCUUGCACCAGCAAGGCUUGCACUAUGUGGUGAUGCUGGACCCCGGGGUGAGUGGAGCAGAGACCCCAGGCACCUACCCUCCUUACGAUGAGGGUCUCAAGGAAGGGAUAUUUGUCAGGGACCCCAUAGAGGACAAACCUUUUGUUACCAAGGUCUGGAAUGAUAAAAGUACGGUAUUCCCAGAUUUCUUCCAUCCCAAAACUGAGUCAUACUGGCAAAACCAGAUUCGUCAGCUGCAUGAAACAUUUGCAUUUGAUGGACUUUGGAUCGACAUGAAUGACCCAUCAACAUUUUGGGACGGGGGCCAGUAUGGUUGUGCUCCGAACCCCCUAGACAACCCCCCAUACUUGCCGGGAGUGAACGGAGGCAAGUUGUACUCUCGGACCUUGUGUAUGUCCGCACGUCACUACAACGUCAGUCAUUACAACAUCCACAACAUCUUCGGCAGCCAGGAGGCAGUCCUGACCACGAGAGCCUUGCUGGAAGUGCGUAAGAAGCAGCGUCCCUUUGUCAUCUCCCGUUCGUCAUAUCCUGGCCACGGUCACUUCACCGGAGUAUGGACAGGGGAUGUCUUCUCCACCUGGGAUGACAUGGCACACUCCAUCUCUGAUAUUCUGAGCUUCAGCCUGUUUGGUAUCCCGAUGUCGGGUGCUGACAUCUGUGGGUUUAACGGCAACACUACAGCAGCUCUAUGUCAACGCUGGAGUCAGCUGGGAGCUUUCUACCCCUUCUCUCGCAACCACAAUACAGACGAUGCUGUUGACCAGGAUCCAGUGGCACUGGGACCAGGAGUGGCGGAUGCGGCUCGGAAAGCUCUCCUAGUUCGCUAUUCCCUCCUUCCCUUUCUGUACACUUUGUUUUGGCACGCCCACAAGGACGGGGACACUGUUGCAAGGCCUCUGUUUUUUGAGUUCCCAAAAGACGACAAGACUUACGGCCUUCACUCGGAGUUCCUGUGGGGAUCUGCACUGCUCAUUGCCCCUAUACUAUCUCAGGAAAAAAUGUAUGCAACGGCAUAUCUGCCGGCAGGACGAUGGUAUGACUUCUACACGUACCGGCCUAUAAACAGCAAGGGAAGUACGUACCUGCUGCCCAAGCAGAUGGACAUGAUCCCUCUGUUGCUCAGUGGAGGCAAUAUUGUGCCCACCCAACAACCCAACACUACCACCACUACCAGUCGGAAGAACCCAAUGGGUUUGUUGGUGACUCUGUGUAGUGCUGGCAAUGCUACCGGUGACUUGUAUUGGGAUGAUGGUGAUUCAUUAGACUUUGAAGACGGUGUUUACAACUAUGUGACAUUUGCUGUGACCAAGGGCAAGCUGAGCAGCUCUGUACAACAGUGGAAGUACACGACUACGCUGACACUUACCGAGGUGAAGGUGAUGGGUGUGGAGCAGGCCGUCUCCAACGUUACGAUAGACGGCAGCCCUGCACACUUCUCGUACAAGGCUGAUGUUAAGUUGCUGAAUGUUACCAGCCUAUCAGUCGACCUCAGCAAACCAUUCACGCUCUCAUGGUCAUAGGUUCCUAACCUCACCUAGUCAACAUUCUGCUGAAGAAAAGUAAAUAAUUAUGAGUACCUGUUGUGAAGUGUCGGUUCUAUAGCCUAUUGUUCUUGGAUGAAAACUGCUCUGCAUUCUGAUCUUAAUCUGAGAGAGAUGGACUGAAAAUAUUUUCAAUUUUACUCAUAGGAAUUGAAAUUAACCCUUACAGGACCGCUGUGAUUUCUUCAAUCAGUGAACACGCAUUUUCUGCCAGGGUACCUUACAGGAAUUAAAAUAAUUUAUCUUAGUUUCAUCACAAUAGGAAAAUAGUAUUUUAAAAGCUAUCUAAUAUAAAACAUUAUAUCAUUUAGUGUAAUAGUAUUUCUUGUAGGCCUGUACUGGAAUUUUGUUUUUAAAAUUAAAUAAUAAGAACAAUACAAUUCGAUGGCUAGUGUCAAAGCCAUAUCCUCAAAAUUAUAAAAAUCCCCAAUUUUGUGUUUGUAUGAGGUACCUGUGUAUUGUUGCUUACUGGAAUACAGCAGUUUUUCACUGAGAUGUUAGUUGAGAAAAAAAAUUGCAUUUCAAGGCCAGUAAUUUGUAAUUUGCGACAGUAUAAUAAAUUCAAAGCAAUAGUGUUACAUUGGAUUGGUACUGUGGUUUACUUACAUCCGUGAAUCUACCAUAUUAGUCAGUUGUACUGUACUAAAAUUACCUAAAUUUUACCAUUCUUGCAAGGUGAAUGAUGUCAGCCCUGAAACCUGGGUCCAAAGUCUGUUUUACGUACACCUUUUAUAUGAUAAAUGGUUUCAGAUAAUUCUGAGCUUCUGAUCAUUCAAAAAAAACUUGCUUUUGGUUACAUAAUUUGAGAAAUAAUAAUGCCUUUGGACUUUUCGUAAAAUGUUUUUAUUUUUUCACAAAUAAGUGAGUAUUUUAGUUAAGCGAAAAGAACAAUUAAAAAAAAAUUGAAUUACCAGCAAUAAUAUUGGAAAACUAACAGAAAAUUUGAUUUGAAUUAUUAUGUCUUAUUUAAACUGAUGAUCAAAUUUUGUUUUAAAAAAUCUAAACAUUACAAACACCACUGUAAAGCUGACAUUUUGCUACAAACAUUUUGGAACAACAAAUCUCUAAUCAUAAGUGAAACGCACAACGGAACUAUUUUUGUUAGAUUAGUUUUAGAUUAACUAUAAGACAUAUUAUAUAAAUAUAGUUUAUUUCCAGAAAAUCUUUGUUUACUAAUAAACUAUUAUUUGUUUAGGAUACCAGUUUUUAUUUUUUACAAAAUAGUAUAAAUGUAUGUUUUCUUUAAUACUGAUGAUUAUAUAUGUUUUAAAUAAAGAAUACAAGAUUGGAAUUCAAUUAAAGUUAAAUCUCUGAGUGAAACAAAGAAAGAUACACAUAAAAACCAAAUACUUUUUACAAUAGCAUGGUCAUCAAUGUACUUCAUAAUCAAUAAGAAUGUUUUAUUAAUUAUUGAGACUAGGAUUUCGUUAUUAUUUAUAUCCAAUAGAAUCAUGUACAGAGUGGCCACUCAGAACCUUUUUGCAAAUUUCCGAUUUUGCCGGUCAAAAAUUUCCGAUUCUCUAGUCCGUUUUCAAACCAAUUUUAACUGUAAUAUUUUAUUUGACCCUUACGCCAAAUACAACAGUCAUGAUUUCUGUCGAAAGCUGUAUUUGCAGGAAAUGCCACAAGUUGCGGUGGCCUAGCAAAUUUUGUCGCUAGCGAUAUAUGCGAGAAAUUCGGUGACGAUUCAUCACUACCACCUAUUUUAAGCACCUUUGUUUAUAUCCCUGUGUGUAUCAAACAAUGGAUGUAUCAAUAAAGAGAACAAACUAUUACUAACCACCACUAACGUGGGGCAGAUAGUCUAUCAUUGCAAGUCAGAGAUCUGCGGUGCAUGAACUACUGGUAUGAGACCACAAGUGUGCCGGUAAACAAGGUCGUUCAAUUCAACCAAAGAUCUACAUUUACAGUUUCACGGAUCACGUACAUAAAAUACAAAGUUUGAGAUUAAUCAACUUCUAAAUUAUUUCUUGAUUUCAUAAGUUCUUAAAGACAGAAAUAUUGUUUUAGAGAUUUUUUCAGUUCUACAGAGAGAUAUCCAGCUUAUUCCCGGUGUGUGAAAUUCCUGGUUUUAAAGACUAAACAAUUAAUGAAGAAUAAAAUUCUUACAGUAAUGAUAAUUUGAUGUGGUUUAAAAUAUUUUCUAUAAUAAGCUUGCUUACUCCAGAAUUAUUAAAAUUUUAUUAAUUACAAGAUUGUGAGCCACAUUGUUUUGAAAGGAUUAGUCUUUUUUAUUAUGCAAAAUUCGAAUGCAAGUCUAAAACCCAUUUGAAAUUAAUUCAUCUAUGAUGAUAAAAUUGCAUAAAAAAUGGAAAAUAAAAAAAAAAAUCUGUUCCAACCAUUCCCUUCCCUAAUCCAGAUUCGUACUGCCCUUUUUGGGUCAACACUGUUCCUAAUCUAUUCAAAAGUACCACUCAGACAGGUUUCCAAAUUCCUGUCGUACUUCUAAGAGUGAACAUCUCCUAGUCAUUUUCGAAUAUGUAAAUGCUUGUACAUAACGUCUUGAUGUUGAAGGAAGAAAAGAAUUUGGUAUUAAAGAGUUAAUUAUAAUUGUACAUGUCACAACUAUCUAGUUAAGAUAUUGUAACAAAUGAAUUGCAUGGAUCCUGUCUCCAAGCUCAACUAAUAAUACAGCCACUGACAGCAGAUAAUGACCAGAAUUCAGUUAUUCUAAAAAAGGCUGUGAUUUCCCCAAAUAUAUUUGUAAUUGAAUAUGAACUGAGUUUUAUUCAUUAAUAGCAAGAUGUACAAGUCAAUUAAAAAAUGUUAGUGUACUUAUUUUUUUAAAUAACCUAAGAGAUAAAAUGCACAAAUACUCGUAGUAGUAGCUAGUUGUAUUAAGAAUUAAGAAAAACUAAUGUUUUAUUGUUACAAGUCCAUUAUAGUUAAAGCUUUAUUUCAUUGUUCUUUGUAUACAAAGGUAAUUCUUCCAAUUUAAAAAUGUAUUUUUAUCCUUAUUUUCUUAAACAAAGACUGUACAGUAUUAGUAAAUAAAGUCAUUUGUGAUAUUGAA